AUGCCCCCGUUUGACAAGGGCGUCAACGAGUGCAGCACUGGACAGUGGGAGGCCUACAAGAAGGCAAACGAGCUGUUUGUAGAGGCGAUUCUUCAAGUGUACGAAGACGACGACUACGUUUGGGUGCACGACUACCACCUGAUGCUCGUUCCAAAGUACCUCCGAGACGAGAAGCCAGACUCCAAUGUGGGUUGGUUCUUGCACACUCCAUUUCCUUCGGCCGAGGUGUUCCGAACAUUGCCGUGGCGCCAGGAGAUCGUCGAGAGCUUGCUGCAUGCAAACUUGCUCGGAUUCCAUGUCUAUGACUACCUCCGGCAUUUCCUCAGUUCCUGCGUACAGCUGACGUCUCUGGAGAUUCAGUCGCACAGCGUGGAUGCAACUUCGAUAGGCGGAUGCAUUGUGACGUGUGCGACGGUACCAAUCGGGAUCUCGCCUUCGGAGUUCACAGAUGCCCUGGACCGUGCGAAUGUGAAGCAACAUAUUGAUUUCUUGAAAGAACAGUACAACGGCCGGAAAGUCAUUUUAGGCGUGGACAGGUUGGAUUAUACAAAGGGCAUCCCGCAUAAGCUCAUGGCUUUCGAUUGUUUUUUGGAUUUGCACCCUGAUUGGGCCUCGAAGUGCGUCCUUGUACAGCUCGCAGUGCCCUCCAGGAGGGACGUCCCCGAGUAUCAGAAGCUCCAGCGACAGGUGCACGAACUUGUUGGCCAAAUCUGCGGCAAGCACUCGAAGCUGGAAACCGGUGUGCCCGUGAUAUAUUUAGAUAAGUCGAUGUCGUUCGAUGAUCUCGUGGCGUUGUACCAGGUCGCAGAUGUUGCCUUGAUCACGGCUUUGCGGGACGGGAUGAACCUCGUGUCUUACGAGUUCAUCGCGUCGCACAAGAAUAAAGAGCCCCCUGGGGUGCUUAUCUUGUCAGAGUUCACCGGCGCGGCGCAGUCGCUGGGAGCUGGAGCCAUACGGGUCAACCCGUGGAAUUUGCAGGAGACAGCCAACGCGAUCCACGAUGCACUCGAGAUGAGCGACGAAGACCGUGCCGCCCUGCACAACUACGCGUAUCAGUACCUCUGUGAGCACACGGCGCAGAAGUGGGCCGAGACGUUCUUGCAGUGCUUGCAGGAGGCCUGCUCUGACCUCAUGGAGGUGACCGCAGAGGUGCCCCCGCUCCUGCCCUACGAGGAGCUGCUGCUGGAGUGGUCGGAAUCCAAGAGGCGGCUCCUGAUCAUCGAUUUGCUCGAGUGCCUGGUGCCUGCGAAGAAGCGGUCUAGCACGCAGCCCCGGCGCCCACCCAAGGCAUUCUCGCUGCCCGCCGAGCUGCGGCAGUGCCUGCACACCAUCGCCAGCCACGAGAACACCACGGUGGUGAUCACCAGCGACAAGUCCCGCCAGACCCUGUUGAGGGUCGCAGAGGGCCUGCCCGUGAUCCUGGCGCCGGAGGGCUGCUGUGUCUACCGGCUGCCGGGGCAGACCGAGUGGAGCAAGCUCGUCGAGGACGGAGACGUCGACGGGCGCGAGGAGUGGAUGGACGGCGUGAAGUCGGUGUUCGACUACUUCCGGGAGCGCACGCCCGGGUCCCACGUGGAGAAGCAGGACUACCAGUACCGGUGGUACUGGGACAACGCGCAGUUCGACUUCGGCUCGGCCCAGGCCCGGGAGGUGCUCAUCCACCUGUGGGCGGGGCCGCUCGUGAACAGCGAGGCCGAGGUCGUGGUCGGCGACCGCUCCAUCGCGGUGCGGCCCCACGCCUGCAGCCGCGCCGCCUGCCUGGAGCGGCUGCUGCUCCGGGAGCUGCCGGACGAGGUGCUGCAGCGCAUCUCGGGGGCUGCUGCGGGUGCGAUUGUCCUUUUGGCAUCGCUGGGCAUCGACUUCGCCCUGUGCUUCGCCGUGGUGCCCCACCGGGACGAGGAUGUGUUCGAGGCGUUCGAGCGGCUGUUGCAGGACGACCUCGAGCCCAGCCCCAACUCCCCAGGCCCCCCGCUGACCGAGGAGGGCCCAGACUUCCAGGAGCCCCAGUCCUCGGACGAGCAGCUGAGCUCCCCUCCGCGCAGUGCCGUGGCCUCCGGCGACCACGCCGGCGGCGAGACGGAGAGCAAGUGGGUGCUGCACACGCCGCCCGGCCCGGCGCCCUCGCCGAACCCAGGCGAGCCGCCGCCGCCGUACGACUGGGUGCCCACGGCGCAGCGGGAGCUGGCGGAGCUCGAGGGCCAGUCGCAGCUGACGCCCCACGUGCUGGCGGAGGGCGGCGGCAGCGCGCCGCCUGCCAUGCAGCUCCCGCCCGCCCCGUCGGAGUGCUCGGACGACGCGCCGGCGUCCGUCUACACCCUGUCGCUGGGCAUGAAGAAGACGAAGGCCCAGCACGCCCUGCCCCACCCGUACCACGUCCAGAACCUGAUCCGCGCCAUGGCGGCCCGCCUGGCGCAGAAGCAGGAGGCCGACCAUCACGGCUCCUGA